ACAGCUACCCGCUACACUGUUUCCAAGAGCGCAGCGGCGCACCAUGACGCACCACUGGACUUAAAACUUUAGGAGUUUGUUCUUUACGCAGCGAACUCAAGCGGGACUUUUGAUUACGGAAGGGGAAAAAAAGUUUGCAGAAAAGUUUUACUUUUUGUCCCCCAAGAUGCCACGCUCUUUUCUAGUCAAGAAACACAUAAACUCCGCAAAGAAGCCAAAUUAUAGUGAACUGGAAAGCCCAACAGUCUUCAUCACGCCGCACUUCUACAAGGGCCUCCCCCUGUCCGUCAUUCCCCAGCCGGAGAUCCUGAGCCCGGCAGCCUACAGCCCCGUCACAGUGUGGACUACCAGUAGCCUGCCGCUGCCCCCCGUCCCCAGUGACUUCUCCCCCAUCUCUGGAUACCCGUCCUCCCUCUCCGACACCUCCUCCAAAGACCACAGCGGCUCGGAGAGCCCGAGAAGCGAUGAAGACGAGCAGAUGCUGCCCAAGCUGACAGACCCUCACGGAGUGGAGGCAGAGAAGUUUCAAUGUAGUUUGUGCAGCAAAUCCUACUCCACGUACUCUGGACUGCUCAAGCACAAACAGCUGCACUGCGACGCCCAAACGAGGAAAUCCUUCAGCUGUAAAUACUGCGAGAAGGAGUACGUCAGCCUGGGAGCUCUCAAAAUGCACAUCAGGACUCACACGUUGCCUUGUGUUUGUAAAAUAUGCGGGAAGGCUUUCUCCAGACCGUGGCUGCUCCAAGGACACAUCCGGACGCACACGGGUGAGAAGCCGUUUUCCUGCCCUCACUGCAACAGAGCGUUUGCAGACAGGUCCAAUCUCAGGGCUCACCUACAGACCCAUUCGGAUGUGAAAAAGUACCAAUGCAAGAACUGCUCCAAAACCUUCUCUAGGAUGUCUCUUCUUCACAAGCAUGAGGAAUCUGGUUGUUGUGUAGCACACUGAGCUGGGAUACCUUUCUGCCAUCAGAGAAUCCUCCACUCCCACCCCCAGCUUCUGUUAAUUCUUUUUUUUUUCCAUGCCCAGGGGAAGUGUCAGGGAAUCACAGCGAGAGCUCAAAAAUAUGCAGACUUCUUUUUUUCUCCUCCCUGGUUUCAAAUGAGAAGCAGCUCGGUGCUCACAUGCAACCGUUUUCAAUCAGUGUUCCUGUGAUUGCAAUCAUUGUUGAGCUUUGUCAAAGUGUGUACUCUCCUACCUGUGCUAUUCAUGCACUUUUCUGCAUGUCUACAAAGGUUUUUUUUUAAGGCCUUCACAAUGUUAUCUUCAGAGUUUGUACCAAUGUCUCUUAUAGCGGCUGAUAUUCAAGCCCACACGUCUUUCAAACAAGCCAAACCGAAGGGUGCCUUAUGACCGGCGGCAUGACUAUCACCAGUGGAAUACAAAGCCAUCGCUACAAAGGGGAACAAGUGCAAACUGAGGCUCAUAGUCCGACUGUUAAAACUUUUGCACAGCCUGUAGAAACAGUUUGCCAGCUUGUCAAAGACCAAAACAACUCCCAGCCCCGAUUUUUUUACUCUGCAAUAUUAUCUAUUUUCCAGCAACAGGUUGCUUUCAUAUUUUUAUAUAUUGAAUGUAAGUUUGACUGAGAUGAUUGUAUAUUGACAGGAGAAACAAAAAACUGUGAGGUUGAAUUAUUUUGAUAUUUUCGUUACGCUUUUACCAAAAAAUAAAUAAAUAAAUGAGGUUUUGUAAAUUUC